AAGACAGAUGUACAGCUGACUGACUUAUUCAUAUUAUUCAUUCGUACUAAUGGCAGUGGAAUACAUAACCUCAAAUUCAAAUGCACACACCUACUGUGAUGUUUGACAUUUCUAAAAAGUUGUAAAACAGAUUUUGAUAAAUAUUUUGUAGGUUUGUUAGGUUCACACUAAACUAUAAAGGAACAAUCACCAUGUGGAAAGCAAGUGCUGGACAUAAUGUUGAACCAAUUUCCAAGCUGGAGCAAGAGGAUGAUGAUUGGGAGACGGAUUUGGAUUUUGUGAACGAUGUGACAGAGGAGGAGCAGCGCUGGGGAUCCAGGACGGUGCAAGGUUCAGGACGCACAGCUGGAGCUAUAGACAUGAACAAGCUGCGAGAGGAAGUUGCUUUAGCAGAGGCGAUCAAAAAAAAGAAAGAAGUAAAUGAAGCUACGUUUGGAUAUGGUGGAAAGUUUGGAAUUCAAAAAGAUAGGAUGGAUCAGUCAGCGGUUGGCCAUGAUUAUGUAGCCAAGGUUGAAAAGCAUGCUUCACAAAAGGAUUACAGCACCGGAUUUGGUGGGAAGUUUGGCGUCCAGACCGACCGAACUGACAAGAGUGCGGCCGGGUGGGACUAUGUAGAAGCACCACAGAAACACGCGUCUCAAGUGGAUUAUCGUUCUGGCUUCGGUGGAAAGUUUGGGAUCCAGUCGGACAGACAGGACAAGUCAGCUGUAGGCUGGGACCAUGUGGAGAAAAUACCCAAACAUGAGUCACAAACAGAUUACGCAGUUGGGUUUGGUGGCAAGUUUGGUGUGCAAGCGGACAGGCAGGAUAGGUCUGCUGUGGGCUGGGACCAUGUGGAGACAGUGCCUAAACAUGAGAGUCAGGUUGAUCACAACAAGGGCUUUGGUGGGAAAUUUGGACUAGAAGUAGACAGAGUGGACAAAUCUGCUCACGAUUUCACUGACGAUCCUCAGCCUGUCGGCACACGCUAUCAGAAGGAGAAGCCUCAGAUAGGUUCAGUGAAACCAUCCAACAUUCGAGCCAAGUUCGAAAACCUGGCGAAGGAAGGAGAAGAAGAGUCAAGAAGAAAAGCUGAGGAAGAGAGGAAGAAGCGGAAAGCGCAGGAGGAAAGGGAGGAGAAGGAGGCUAGGGAACGGGAAGAGAAAAGGCUGUCUGAGCUGAAACAACGGGAAGCUGCAUUGGCUAAAGCUGCAGAACCAGUCAAAAGUCCAACCCAAGAAAGACUGGAAAAACAUCAAAAUGACUAUUUGGAGGAGGAGGAACCUGUAAGAAUAGCUCCGGCCCAGCCUCCUGUAGUCGUAGCGGAACAUCCGGCAAACAAAGGAAGUGAAUCCAGCAGACUACCAGAAAAAGUUGUGAAACAACCAGAACCUGUUGUGAAGCAACCGGAACCUGUUGUGAAGCAACCGGAACCUGUUGUGAAGCAACCAGAACCUGUUGUGAAGCAACCAGAACCUGUUGUGAAGCAACCAGAACCUGUUGUGAAGCAACUGGAACCUAUUGCAAAAGAACCGGAACAAAUAGUGAAACAGCCAGAACAAAAGAAGCAGUCUGAACCUAAACAACAUGAAACUGAGCCAGAAUCUAAUCAAUCAGAGCCGGAACCACAACCAGAGAGCGAGGAAAAUUUCAAUCUAGAAGAUUUUGGUUAUUCUGCCGUCGCUCUUUACGACUAUCAAGCUUCUGCUAGCGAUGAAAUAUCUUUUGAUCCAGAUGACGUUAUAACAAAUAUAGAAAUGAUCGACGAGGGAUGGUGGAGAGGCUAUUGUAGGGGUCAGUACGGUCUGUUCCCAGCCAACUACGUCAUCCUGCAGUGAUUUUAUUUUUAUUAUCAUAAUAUAGUUUAUUUAUUUUAUACUUGUAUGUUACGAAGAGUAUAUUUUACUGUUUUAAGGUUUAGGUCUUAAUGUGCAACUGUGAUUCUGACGUUGUAUUUUUUUACAUUUUGAAUCCAGUAUCAUAACUGCGUAAAGUAGUAAUUUGUAUGUUUUUUAACUGACAUGUAGUAUUUAAAAUUCUUUUAUUUUUUUCAAGUAUUGAUAGCAUAGUAAUUUAUGAUUGUUGAGAAUGAUGGUUUAUUGUGUGUAAGAUUUGAAGUCUUUUAUUUGUGUAUGGUUGUGUUGUAUUCAAAGACGGUAAAAGGUUAGCAUGAAUUAUAAGCGCACUAAUAAUCUAACAUGCCUGUUUGAAAGCGAUGGUUGACACAUUGUGUGAAAUUAAAAGAAAAGAGAAUUUCAAAUGAAAGGCGGGUGCUAUUAAACCUAACAACUCAUGCUAACAUUUUAUGCUAUAAAGGGUUGGAACCAUUUAGUUGACCCGCUCCAUGCGUUGUUUUAUCCGGACAAAUUUUAUUUUGUUCAAAAAUGCACACAUGUUUAAUUGCCAGAGGAUAAACAAUUGUAGGUUAUAUCCAUAAAAAAUAGUUAAGUAAUAAAAAUAGAGUAAAUUUCCUGUUAAUGCAGGAUUAUAUAAUCCUACAAAUAUUUUUUGGGAAGUUUUUGAACUUGUGUUUACUUAUGAUAAAAAAAAUUUAAAUUUUAAAGAUCAUAAACGUAAAGUGAAACAGAACUAUUUAUUUUGAAUGAAAAAAUUGAGGAAAAUAAAUAUAUAUACAUUGUGAUAAUUAAUGUGCAGUAGAUUUCGGUCACAAACUAAAUUGAAAUAAAAUUAUUUACAAAGAAUUUAAAACUAAAAAUGCAUAAUGAUGAAACAUAAUGAUAAUGAUAUAGUGAUGAACAUAUAAAUUCGUAAGGCAUAGGAGAUAUCAAAGGACAACUUGUUGGGAAUAGUUCUUUUUAAAGCAGUUGUAAGAUAACGAUGAUUGCGUAUUACAUGUAUUAUUUGUUUUGUAUCAGAUGAAAUAGUGCCUAAGUGAUAAAAAGUCAACAUUAGACGGAACCUAUUAAGAAACUAUGAAAAUGCUCUGAAAUGAAUUAAACAACAACAAAAGUGUUGCUGAGCGGAAGCUAGUUCAGCAAGUCAGUAUGGUCUGUAUGACAGUGAAGCAGGAAGAGUUAAACAGUAUUGAAUUAGAGAUGAUCUCUUCCAUGGUAGUUUUGAAUAUUUUGAACUAAAUUGUAUUCCAAACUUGGUACUUAAAUUUAUUGGUUUUAAUACGGUUGGUAGAACAAAAAGUGUACUCAUGUUCCAUUAUAUUUAUAAUUUAAUACAGUUGGUUAGUGUAUAUUACACACUUUAAAGCAGAAACAAAGUUUUAAAAAUUUACUCGAACUUUAUGUUUUAAUAUUUAAGUCAUUUUAGUUAUUAUAUUUUUUAAGGUUUAGAUUUUACACAUUGUGGUUGUAACUUCAUUAUGAGGGUUACCUGAAAAACUAUUUUCAUUAAAAAAAAAACUAGAAUACUCAUAAAGUUAUUAGAUUUCAAAACUACAGAAGUCAUAUUUUUUGUGUCUAUUAAGUACAAAAAAUUCAAUAAUUUAUAAUUUAGGUAACAGGAUUUAUUAGGAUAUUUACCAACUUUCAUUGAACUGAUCAGUCAACCGUCAGUUGAAAUUAGGCUGCUUUGGUUGCAAAUUUUGAAAAAUGGAAUAGAAAACCUAUAAUAUCAAAUAGAGCUUUGUAGCCAAUGCAAAUUUACAUUAUUGUUUCGAGAAGUCAUUUAGAAUGAACUAAUUAUAAUUAAACUGUCCCAGUCCUAUUUCCUGAUUUAUCACCAUCUUGUUUCUACCGUUAAAACCACCAUUUACUAUUGGACAUUGUCAGUUGUCAGUGAUUGGUUAGUGCUGACCUAUUAUUCUGACCUGUAUUCUUUAGUUCGGUUUUAAUAGUUAGUGUUUAUUGUAUUAAAGAGCAUGUUUUAGAGAUAGUGACAUGGAGUUGACACACACACGUUAUUUCUGACUUUUGCGUGUUGUAACAUUCUGGUAUGGUUUGUUAAUUGACACCUACUAAGUAAUUGUCCACAUGAGGAAGAGAUAGAUUGCAGACCUCAAAUUAGUUGUGUUACUAAUUUCUUGUGUCACUGAAUGAUGGCAAAUGUCCUAUAAAAUUCUGUUACCUCUUUGUAUUGUCAAAAAAAUCUGUUGGCUGGUAGGAUUGUGUGACAUAAUCCUACCUGUGAAGUAGGGAUUAGCUCACUUCAGAUUUUCUAUAUGAAAAUAAGGUUACUUUUCAGGUAGCUCUCGUAACAACUAAUAUAAUGUCAUUACUGAAUAGAAGUAUUAUACUUGUACCUACAAUAUGUGUGUAAGGAGGUCACUCAGGAAGUAAAGUACGUUUGCCUCAAGCCCCGUAAUUUGGUUACACUAUUCUGUAUUUAGGCUGCAACUGCAAAAAUGAUUAAAAUGGGCAGAUUACGCUAGUUUGUGUAGAUGGCAUGUUUGUAUUAGACAAUUUUUUUUGAACAAAAAUGAUAAAAUCGUUAUUUAGCAAUUGUUAUAACUUACAAUUUUUAUAUUUUAUUUACUCUAUAUAAUUUUGAAUAAUAACUGAAUAUAAUAUAAUAUUUUUAUUACAGUACCGGUACAUACAAAAAUCUUUAUUUUGUGUUUCCAUUUUUUUAGUUUUAUUUUGUUAUGCAAUACUGAAAAUUUCAUAUGUUAUUUAAUUUAAUUUAUAUUUGCAAAACAAUAAUUUUUAAACAUACAAAAGGAGUUGUGUAAAUUACGUAAAAAAUCACAAGUUGUGUAAUCACGUAUACUUACGUUAUAUUUGUAUACAUUUAUGAGCAUCUCAUGUUAAAGAACUGAACAGAAAAAUCAAUAUUGGUAUUUAUUCAUAUAUUGCAUAAUAAAGGUCACACUAACGUGGUAAGCUAUGUGACUUAAAAUUGUGUAUAAAAAUUACAGGAAAAUAAACGUGCUUCACUUUAUGAUCCUUGUAUAGGUAAAUAUAAAUUUUCAAUGAUAAAUCACAAUCAGUGUUUUAUAAUAAAACUGUGACAACUCUUUUAUAUGAGUAUUAAAGUAUGUGUAUAAAAUAGGGUAUCAAAAAAAUGUUAUAUGGUGUUUCAAGGUUUUGGUGGUAAACGCUAAAACAUAACUUUUGUCAAUGAAGAUUAGUUUAAAACUCUCUUUACUGAAUUUACGUUUUCCAUUGUAUAGUAUUGAAUUUUGCACCUCAUUUUACAAAGCUUUUACAGUAUUUAUAAAGUAUAUUAAUAAUUAUAGUUGCCUAUCUAUUUUUUAUAAUUUUGUGCAAUAUUAUGGUAGUAUUAAUAAACUAUAUCAAAAUUUUAAUUUGUAGGUUUCAGUUGUAAACUUUCAUCAGGUUUGUAAGGAGAUUAAAAAUAUGUUAUCUGA